UUCCUUUCCCCGCCCCGUCAGGAGGCGGAUGGGGCCUGGCUUCGCGGCCUAGCAGCUGCGCUGUCUCCCUUUCCUUUGCGCUACGUUGGACACGUGUUGUGUAUGCGCACACACGCUGUAAGGAGCGCAGAGACCGCUCCGGAUGUGAAGUUGCCUUGCUAGGAUGGUUGUUGUUGCCUUUACCAAGUGAUGCACCAUGCCAAUAGUGGACAAAUUAAAAGAAGCCCUAAAGCCUGGGCGAAAAGACUCUGCUGACGAUGUUGAACUGGGUAAAUUGUUGGCAGCUUCUGCCAAGAAGAUUUUGCUGCAAAAGAUUGAGUUUGAACCCGCCUCCAAAAACUUCUCCUACCAGCUGGAGACCCUCAAGAGCAAGUACGUUUUGUUGAACCCGAGGACAGAAAACUGCAGUCGGCACAAGAGCUCUGAAGAGGGACCCAUACGAAAACAAGGUAAUGAGCAUGUGUCGGGAAGUGAUGGGGUGCCAGCUCCCCAAAAGGUCCUCUUCCCUCUGGAGCGACUCUCUCUAAAAUGGGAGCGGGUGUACCGUGUUGGAGCUGGUCUCCACAACCUGGGCAACACCUGCUUCCUAAACUCAACUCUACAGUGUCUGACGUACACCCCACCUUUAGCAAAUUAUCUGCUUUCCAAGGAGCACAGUCGCAAUUGUCACCAGGGAGGCUUCUGCAUGAUGUGCAUAAUGCAGAAUCACAUGAUCCAGGCUUUUGCCAAUAGUGGUAAUGCCAUCAAACCUGUGUCCUUCAUCAGAGAUCUUAAAAAGAUUGCACGGCACUUCCGUUUCGGGAGUCAGGAGGAUGCUCAUGAGUUCUUGCGCUACACCAUUGAUGCCAUGCAAAAGGCCUGCCUCAACGGUUACACUAAUCACCCGCCUGCUUGUCUUUUCAGGUUGGAUCGCCAGACUCAGGCUACCACGUUAGUGCACCAGAUCUUUGGCGGCUACCUCCGAUCUCGUGUGAAGUGCUCCGUGUGCAAAAGUGUUUCAGAUACUUAUGACCCAUACCUGGAUGUGGCUUUGGAAAUCAGGCAAGCAGCCAAUAUUGUACGGGCGUUAGAAUUAUUUGUAAAAGCUGAUGUCUUGAGUGGGGAGAAUGCCUACAUGUGCGCCAAAUGCAAGAAGAAAGUUCCGGCCAGCAAGCGUUUUACUAUCCACCGAGCCUCUAAUGUCCUUACCAUCUCCCUCAAGCGCUUUGCCAACUUCAGUGGGGGCAAGAUUACCAAGGAUGUGGGUUACCCUGAAUUCCUGAAUAUUCGUCCUUACAUGUCGCAGAGCAGUGGGGACGCUGUCAUGUAUGGCCUCUAUGCUGUACUUGUGCAUUCAGGAUACAGCUGCCAUGCAGGGCAUUACUACUGCUAUGUCAAGGCUAGUAAUGGGCAGUGGUACCAGAUGAAUGAUUCUCUGGUACAUUCAAGCAACAUCAAAGUUGUUCUCAACCAGCAGGCCUAUGUACUCUUCUACCUUAGGAUCCCAAGCACUAAGAAGAAUCCUGAAGGACUUGUCUCCAAAAGCAAUUGCUCAAUGCCCAGCCGAACAAACAUCUCCUCUGAUCACUUGAAGAAAAGUGCAACUAAUGGUACCCUUGCAUCACCACUGAUAAACAAAAGACACAACGUGAUUCAGGUUAAGAAGGCUUCAGACCCUGAGGAAUCGGGUGUUCCUGUUUCCCGCAACACCUUUGUUUCCAACAACAAAACUCAGAAUGGGAUACUUCCUCCUCCACUUCCCAAGCUCAUACCUGCUGUUGGAUUCUCAUCUCCUAAAUUCUCCAGCAAGCCGGCUUUCUUGGACGACUUAAGCAAGAGAUCCAAGAAGCAGGCAUCCUCGUCUCGCAAGACUUCUCAGGAUUUUGGUCAGGCUGACAGUGCUAAACUGGAGUUAGCCAAGCAGAGCUUCUGGGGAGCUAAGAACUUGGUGGCGUCUUUGCAGCUGUCGGGCAGCUCUGGAGGAACCCCCGAAGCCAAAGCGCACGAGGAAGGUACAGAGCUACCAAGCAAGGACUCCUCCUUGACAUCUUCGUCGUCUUCUAGCAGCUCAUCUUCCUCCAGUCCAGCUCAUAAGCCAAUUAAGGGACUUUCUCAGGCCACAGUAGGAGCUGAUGGCUACUCUUCCUCUCAGGAAUCGGACUGUGUGUCUGGGAAAUACACUUCUGAGGACACCAAGUUUGCGAAGAUGAAAUCCCCGUUGUUGACUAAUUUAGCCAAUCUGGAGUUGGGAAGCACCAUGUCGCCCCCACCUGCAAAGAAACUGGCACUUUCUGCCAGGAAGGGCAGCAACACCCUGCGGAAAGUGAGCGGCAAUGAGCAUCAGGCACCGCCCCAUUUCCCCCCAGCUGCCACAUAUACCACCCAAUUCGUCUGCGCUGCUGCAUCCAUCCAAGCCAGGGUGGUCUCACCUGCUUCCAAAUCUUCAGCAGUUCCACAAACAGCCAACAGUCCCUUUGCCAACUCCAUGCCCUCAUCCAGCUUCAAAUCAUGCUGCCUCUCUGCUGCCACCCUUCUUCCAUCACCUGUUGUACCCACCUCGGCACCACACCUCUGUUAUCUAGACAACAGCAAAGAGCCAUCCGUUGUCAGCAGUAAGAAGAAAAAAAGGAAGCAUAGCUCCCCAGUGGAAGAGCAGGAUGGCCAUGGUAGCCGAAACAUGAAAGACUUCAAUGGUGAGAGGACUUGGCUCUCCAGUCCUCCUUGCAAGAGGAGGCAAUUUGAGGGAAAUGGCAGCAUUGUGAUCUCCCCUGCACAGGAAGCCAACUUGGGGAAGACUAAGAAGGGAGAGGAAGAGAAAAGGGCUGGAGGUGACAGGGCAAUAGCUACUGGUCAAAGUAGUUCCAUCCAGAAGAAGAGGAAAAAGAAGAAAAGGCUGCAGCAAAGGGAGGAAGACUGCUCAUCUUUAUUGUCCCCUGUGAACUGCUGCUCUCCUCCACCUGAAGUUAGCUCCUGUAGGACAAAAAAGAAGAAGAAAAAGAAGAAGCAAUUGCUUUCACCCAGUUCAGACAAGAGCACUUCUUCUGGAGAGAGUGAGCACCACAAAGAUAAGCAAAGAAAGAUACUGCAUUCUCAUGUGGCUGAAGUCUGUAGCCCCCAAGAAGAACUAAACGAGAAUGGACUUUCUGUGGCUAGAGUCAGCCCUCCAGCAUUGGCUUGGGGCAACCAGUUCAGACAUAGGGAUGAGUUCUCCCUCAAUGUCCUGAGCCCAAAGAAGGAAAUUAUGCAGCACGAAUGUGGACCAGUUGAUGUAGUUCAGGAGCUACUGAAGGAUUCUUUGGAUAAAGCUUAUGGAAAGCAAGUUUUAACAUGGAAUGGUGAAGCAUCUGCUAUCAGCCAGGAUGCCAUGCAUGAUGCUAGAUGGUCCCAGAAGCAGUCCAUCCUUGAUGACUGGGAUGAAGAAUUUGAUGGUGGAAAGGUGAAAAAAAUUAAGAAAUUCAAGCGUGAGCGGAGGAGAAACUACAAUGUCUUCCAAAAAUUGCAAAGCAGGCGUAACUUCUGGGCUGUAACACAUCCAGCCAAAGUAGCUAGCUUGAGCUAUCGGCUUUGAAAGAUGAGUCUUGGCUGAAGAAAUGAAGUGGUCAACCUCUACAACUGUGGAGCUUUAAGUGACCAGAAUCAAGUCACCAGUUGCUACUUCUGGGGAGAAGGGCCUCUUCUUGCCCCGAGUAGGGUGCUGCUAUUCAGAGUGCUAGGAGGUCGCAUCACUUCUCUACAGGUUACUCUGGAGAAAACAGGUUCUUGACCUUACUAUAUCAGGGGCACUGCAAGAUACUGUGCCAAUAAAAAGCGCUGUUCCAGGGUAACUUGAUGUGGAUUGAGAAGUGGGGGCAAGGCAGUCGGUCCUUGGAAAUGAAACUUUCUGCUGCUCCACACCCAGAAAUCUAGGCUUGGUGAGCUGUGAUGCCCUCAGCAGCCUUUCCUGUCAGGAGAACUUGAAGUAAACUGAGAACACCGCCUGGUUUCUAAGAUGAUUGCCUGAAAUGGCACUUAUCUUUCCCCACUUACAGCUGCCAUUAUGAGUGUAAUUUGUAUGAUUUUUCUUUACUUCUGCAUGACCCGUCCCUUGUUUCAGCCUUUCAGAUGAGCAUAAAUUCUCAACCAUCACAAACAUUUAUUUUUUCCCCUCAGGAAUUCUCCACCAACUAUUCUUGCUGCAGACGAUCUUUGGAACCGAGUUCUGUUCCGCAAGAAAAGUUGGUGGUCUGAUUGGCCUGCCUUUAUUAAAUGUGAUUUCAACUAGCUUCCAUCCUCAAGGAGCUUGGAAACAGUUUGUUUAUUUGAUGGAUUUUGGAUGUGUAAAGUGAAAACUGAACAUUUGAAGGUCCUUUCACAUUAAAAAACAACAACAUUGCAUAUCCUAAACUGGGAACUCUUGAAGUAGGGCAUCUGAAUGUUCAGGUACAUGUCUAAUGUUUGCUUUUUUCUCAAUAAGGGUUGAGAUAGCAUCCAUUCAUGGAUUGACACUGUCCGUGCUCUGAUUGGACUGAGUCUUGAUUACUAAUUAAUUAACCACUAUAUAACCUGCCUCCAUGAGUGGUACCACCCAGUUUUCUGACUCAGUCCACUCUGGGACAGUUGUGUUAUCCUUCGUAUCUUCUACCUGAUUUGAUCACUCUUCUCAUAAUUUUAGUUAUAUUGCCUCAUAACACUGAGAUUGCUGUGAAUAUUUCCCUGCUCCUACUGCCAGGCCUUCCGACCCUUGAGCCAAAGGGCUGCUGCCUGCAGGCCUCACGCCUCUCCCCUGCACACCUCAGAGCGCUCUCGACUCACCUGAGAUUUUAAAAAAUGGAGCAGCGGAGAAAGGCAAACAGCGCGGACUACCAGCCUUUUGCUUCUUUGUGUCCUUGAUAGCCGCGCAGGCUGGGGGAGAGCCCAGAACGCCUUACAGCAGCUGGGCGGCCAGGGAUACACACAAGACCGCCUUCGCAUUUAAAGCGGUAGCGCGAUGAAGGCAGGCGCCGCGGAGAUCGUGGGGAGGCUUGGCAAGCCGCGAAUUGCAGGGACGAGCGUGCAGGCCUUUCAAGAGCCUAGCGCCGCGCCGGAGGGUCUGGUCUCAACCAAGAAAAGGUGCGAACGCCAUUUUGGAAGAGGGUGGAGCCUGGUACGAAUGGACAGCUGCGGGGGCCAUUUUGAGCAAUAUUGCUUUACCCUGGUGACAUGGCCGACAGCAGCAUGCCUGAGUCAUCCUCCAGCGCUGGCAGGGAGGUAGUGGAGACAGAGCCUGGACUACUGACUGGCAGGGACUCCUCUUCUCCCCAUUGGGCCAGCCUCAUCACAGGCUACCACCACCCCCCGGUCAAGUUUGCUUGAGCCGAUGCUGCCUUGGGAAGGAGAGUGCUGCAGACUGUUUGGUCAGUUGUGCCAGUCUCGGAACAGUCUAUUGCCCACCUUUGAGAAUUGUACGGCUUGGGUAUGUCCCAUGCAUGGAUGCUAUCUCCACCCUUAUUGAGAAAGAGCGUUGGUAUCUUACCUGAUAUGGCUCUUCUAAUAAGGUGGAGAUAGCAUCCUAUCCCGACCCUUCUUUUGACUGUUCUUUGUCUUCCCGAGACUGUUUUUCUCAUUUCAGAUGUUUGUAUUGUCCCUUUGAUGUUGGGUUUUUUUCUUGGAAUCACUAAACUUGAAUUUUGUUGGGAUAACACGAGGAGUCUUUUUUCCCCUCUUCGCUGGAAAACUGGGUGGUACCACUCAUGGAGGCGGGUUAUAUAGUGGUUAAUUAAUUAGUAAUCAGACUCAGUCCAAUCAGAGCACGGACAGUGUCAACCCAUGCAUGGAUGCUAUCUCCACCUUAUUAGAAGAGACAUGUCAGGUAAGAUACCAAUGCCCCUUUUCCUCUUUCUGCCCUUGUGCAAAUUUGUUUCUGAUGGGCAUUGUUGCACAAUUGGAGUCUCCUAGAAGAUCUGAUUCAUGCAACAGAUGAACAGGUGUUAGAAAGAGGCUGACUGAAUCAUUGCUGCUUUAGCACUAAGGCAUAAUCUGUUUCUUGCCCAUUUUAAAAGGAACACUAGUUGCCUGCAAGAAUUUUUUUAAUGGGAUAUUUCACCAAUAGGAAAAGGGAUUCCUUUGUACCUGUUAUCUACCAAUACAAUUGCUUCUGUCUCUAAGGCUGACAUAUUUCAUCUGUCAUAUGCCAAUACUGCACGGUCACUUCUGAGGGGCAGUCCACGUGCACUCCAUCCAUUCUGCAUCUCUCUGUUGCACAUCCAUUAGCCUUUUUGUCAUUGGCAUCCGUUUUCUCGGGUGUGAACCUUGAAAACUCUUAAUUCUUUCCACUGCAUAACACACGAAAACUUAUCAAUUUUGGCCCUUGUACCUAUUUGGGGCUCACAAUUAAGACUGUUUUCCUCUGAUGAAAGGGACUCUGGGCCUCUUAUUUCUCUGAGGGGAACAGGGUCUUCUGUAUUACAGUCUUCUGCCAAUAUGUAGAUACCCUGAACAUGGGCACACUUUGCACCUCAUACUGGGGUUUAAUGUUAACAGCCCUCAUUGUAGCAACGGUUCAUGGUGCAAUAAAGGAUUGUUUUGUGUA